UUUUCAUUUCUUGAAAGAGUACCGGCGUAUGUGUUGUAAUAUUAUAUUGUGAAAUUUAAUUUUGAAAUAAUAUAUACCAAAUUUCAACAAUGACAGCAUUUGAGGAAAUGGGUGUAUUGCCCGAAAUUGGACAAGCAGUUGAUGAAAUGGAGUGGACAUUACCAACUGAUGUUCAAGCUGAGGCGAUUCCAUUAAUUUUGGGUGGUGGAGACGUAUUAAUGGCAGCAGAAACUGGUAGUGGUAAAACCGGUGCUUUUUGUUUACCAGUUUUACAAAUUGUAUGGGAAACCCUAAAAGAUCUAGAAUCUGGUAAAACUAGCAGUAGUUCAGCUGGAAGUCAUCAACAUUCUGCAAAUUGGACAUUAAGUUUAUUUGACAGAGGUAGAGCAUUAGCUGUAACUCCGGAUGGUUUAAGAUGUCAGAGUCGUGAACAGAAAGAAUGGCAUGGUUGUAGAACAAACAAAGGAAUUCAAGGGAAAGACAAGUACUAUUUUGAAGCUGUGGUAACUGAUGAAGGACUGUGUCGUGUAUCAAGUAAUUAUCUUAAUUUUUUAUUUGCCUCACUGGAUUUGGGAACAGAUAAAUUUGGUUUUGGUUAUGGCGGUACUGGUAAAAAAUCAAAUGCAAAGCAAUUUGAUAAUUAUGGAAAGGCUUUUGGAAUGCAUGAUGUAGUAGGAUGUCUUCUAAAUUUAUCAAAAGGUGAAAUUAGUUUUACACUGAAUGGUGCAGACCUGGGUCCAGCAUUUACUUUAAAUGCUCAACAAAAAUCACAGACCUUUUACCCAUCUGUAGUAUUGAAAAAUGCAGAAAUGUCAUUUAACUUUGGAGCAAAGCCAUUUAAAUAUCCACCACCAAAUGAUUAUAUAGCUGUUGCUUCAGCACCUAAGGAAGCUGUAAGAGAAAAUCCUAUAAACAGUAGCCAAACUCAAAACAAAGAAGAUGGCAAACUUAAAUGCAAUGCUCCCCAAGCUAUAAUUAUGGAACCUUCCAGAGAACUUGCAGAGCAAACUUAUAAUCAAAUUCAGAAAUUUAAGAUAUAUCUGAAAGAUCCAGUCAUUAGAGAAUUAUUAGUUAUUGGCGGUGUUAGUGUAAAAGAUCAAAUUUCUACAUUGAAUUCUGGUGUGGAUAUAGUAGUUGGAACACCAGGCCGUUUAGAAGAUUUAAUACAAGGCGGCUAUUUGUCUUUAACACAUUGCAGGUUCUUUAUUUUAGAUGAAGCUGAUGGUCUAUUGAAACAAGGAUACACGGAAUUAAUUGAUCGUUUGCACAGACAAAUACCAAAAAUUACAUCAGAUGGAAAAAGAUUACAGAUGAUUGUUUGUUCUGCAACACUGCAUGCAUUUGAAGUAAAAAAGAUGGCAGAACGUUUAAUGCAUUUCCCAACAUGGGUAGACUUGAAAGGUGAAGAUGCAGUUCCUGAAACAGUACAUCAUGUUGUUGUAAUAAUAGAUCCACAGAAAGAUAAAUCGUGGCAAAAUUUAAGAAAACAUAUAGAAACCGAUGGUGUUCAUACUAGAGAUAAUGUAAGACCUGGAAACAGCGACCCUGAGACACUUUCGGAGGCUGUAAAGAUACUAAAAGGCGAGUACUGUAUUCGUGCCAUUAGGCAGCAUAAAAUGGAUAGAGUCAUUAUUUUCUGUAGAACUAAAUUAGACUGCGAUAACUUGGAACGAUAUUUAAAACAAUCUGGUGGAAACCAGUUUUCAUGUGUAUGUUUACACGGUGAUCGAAAACCUGCGGAACGUAAAUCUAACUUAGAAAAAUUUAAAAGACAGGAAGUCAAAUUCUUGAUUUGUACCGAUGUCGCAGCUAGAGGUUUAGAUAUUUCAGGAUUACCUUUUAUGAUUAAUAUGACGCUACCCGACGAGAAAUCAAAUUAUGUACAUCGCAUAGGUAGAGUCGGUAGAGCUGAACGAAUGGGUUUAGCUAUUUCGCUAGUUAGUAAAGUUCCUGAAAAAGUGUGGUAUCACGGUGAAUGGUGUUCUUCUCGCGGAAGAAAUUGUUACAACACCAAUCUCACUGACGCGGGUGGUUGCUGCGUAUGGUAUAACGAACCGAAUUAUCUAGCUGAAAUUGAGGAUCAUUUAAAUGUUACAAUCCAACAAGUCGAGGCAGACAUUAAUGUUCCACUAAAUGAUUUUGACGGAAAAGUUACAUAUGGAGAAAAGAAAGCAGCCAUGGGUUCAAACUAUCAAAAUCAUGUUCAGCAAAUAAUGCCCUACGUGUCCGACUUAACCACAUUAGAAUCAGAAACUCAACUUUUGUAUCUGAAAAGACAUUUGGUGAAAACAGCAAAUUGAAAUGUUUUCAGCUUUAGAUUAUACAUAACUAUAUGAGAAGCUAAGUUUAUAU